AGCGCCACGCCGCAGUAUCAAUGCGUGGAUUCAACCGGUGGCUUUCGCGUGUGCGUCGCAGAGUGACGGCCACAAACGAGUGAAUCUCACACACGAGAUGCGUUUAUUGCACACAUGGGACACGCCAAUCGCUUUUUGGCUCACUUUUAUUUUUAGAGCGAGGCUUUCAUUUGCGAUCCUCCAUUGCGUGGGUAGGCGUGCCGCCGGAUGAGUGCUCGGCUGGGUUGCGUGGUAAAGCUGAGUGGAAAGACAGCGGUCUGCUGUGGUGGUGGUGCCUCCAAGAGAGCCUCCUUGAUUUAAGGAUGCUGAUGGGAAAUGCCUGGAGACAGAGAUGACGAGAUUUGUCAAAAAGCACUUGAACUCCUCUCAGAUCUUUGUUCCAAAGGGGAAGUACAGAGCGAAAACUGCUUGGAUUUCAUUUACUAUUUCCGUGAUCUGGCCAGGCCACGCUACACGGACUCAGAUGUGUCGGUGAGUCUGCUGUCAUUGGUGGUGACAGCCUGUGGCUUGGCUCUUUUUGGGGUCUCCCUGUUUGUGUCUUGGAAACUCUGCUGGAUACCAUGGAGAGAACGUGGUCUGUCACCCACGACCAAGGAGCCUCACAGUGGGCACCUCAACCCUGCCAUGAGUCCUUUGCCCUCACAGCCAGUUCCGAGGCAGCCGGUUUACACGGCCGUGGACCCGCCGGCCCACACCCGCCGUGAGUCAUCCCACUGCUCUAUCGCCAAGGAGCCCACUCCCAUGGCAUCGGUUGUAUCUGUGGAGGCUCCAGUAACGCCUGUCUCACCGCCUCCUAUUGCCCUGGCUGCACCGGAGGCAGCCAUGAAGAUCAGUCACACAUCUCCAGACAUUCCACUCGACGCCCAGGAAAAAAGUCGUGAAAACGGGGUUCAUACUACUCCUCGGAUUCAGAGACAGACUACAGAGCCCCCACCCUCCGGGCACUCCAUGUCAGAAAUUGGACAGAGCUCAAUACGCCGGCAUAUGAACCUGUCAAACCCAGACUUCAAUGUGGCUCAAUUCCAAAGGCAGGACUCACUCACCGGAAUGGGACUGGGCCUCGGACGCCUCAAACCUGAGCUCUACAAACAACGUUCUCUGGAAGGGGACGAUGGAAGUCACAGAGGCGGAGGAUGUGGGUGCCUUCACCUAAUCCUCAGGUUUGACUGUGACCUAGAGCAGUUGAUUGUUAAGAUCCACAGAGCAGAGGAUCUCCCAGCCAAGGAUUUCUCUGGAACCUCUGACCCUUAUGUUAAGAUCUACCUACUGCCUGAUCGGAUGACCAAGCAUCAGACAAAGGUGCACCGCAAGACAUUAAACCCUGUGUUUGAUGAGGUCUUCCUAUUUCCUGUGGCCUACUCGGAGCUUCCCACACGCAAGCUGCACUUCAGCGUCUAUGAUUUCGACCGAUUUUCACGCCAUGACAUUAUUGGCCAAGUGGUUGUGGACAACUUCCUGGAUCUGGCAGAUUUCCCUCGGGAGACAAAACUCUGUCGGGAAAUCAAAUAUGUCUCCACGGAUAACGUGGAUCUGGGUGAUCUAAUGUUUUCUCUGUGUUACUUACCAACUGCCGGGAGACUGACCAUCACAAUGAUAAAGGCCCGCAAUCUAAAGGCCAUGGAUAUUACGGGUGCAUCUGAUCCAUACGUGAAGGUUUCACUUAUGUGUGACGGCCGCAGACUGAAGAAGCGGAAGACUUCCACAAAGAGGAACACUUUGAAUCCAGUCUAUAACGAGGCCAUUGUUUUCGACGUUCCCCCUGAGAACAUAGAGCAAAUCAGCUUGUUGAUUGCAGUGAUGGAUUACGACCGAGUCGGUCAUAAUGAGGUCAUCGGUGUGUGCCGGGUGGGCAACGAUGCGGACAACCUUGGUCGCGACCACUGGAGUGAAAUGCUCACGUACCCCCGAAAACCUGUUGCCCACUGGCAUCCUCUUGUUGAGUACCAGGGGACCACAGGUAGUAGCCAAGGAGGAUCCUGUAAUUCUCUGAAGGCACCUCCUUCUCCAUAACCCAGAAUAACAUUUUACGUAACAUCUGGACGGGCCCUCGGUUCAGCCUUGUGCUGCUGCGGAUUACUUCACAUACACAAUGGCGAAAAUAGUGCAGCCGUCCAAGGUAUUUCAGGAUGGAACGACACAACUGGAUCAGUUGCAUGUUGAAUGAUCACAUUGAUGUAUGUUUUCUUUUCUAUAAUGUUCCAUGAAAAAAAAACACAGGCAUACUCAGACAUUUGCCGUCUGAUUUCCUGGGUUUACACGAGUCAGUUUUCAUAUUGUCCUGUUACUUGUCUUUAUCUGAGGUGAAUCUGUAAUUGCACAAUGUACUUUACAACCAGUCAAACUGCCUUUCUCCUCUUUGAUUUGGUGGUGAUUGGUGCAUGGGGUCUUGCUUGUUGGGAUAUCUCUCUCUUGUCUGUUUGUUUGUCUGUUCGUUUGUCUGUGUUUUCUUUUACGUUGAGUCAAUUGUAUGUUGUUCUGUUCGUUGAUGUGCAGUAGCAGUUGAUUUUUUGAGAAAGUGAUUGUUAGUGAAGAAAAAAUUGAUAGUGUCAAUAAAUAUGACUCAAACAAAAAUAGCCAUUAUUGAUCCAAUUUUACCAGCAGCAUUUUCCUUUUUUAAAAUACAUUUGUUUUGUCAUUCCAAGCUAAAUCUGUCAAUUUAUUUUGCUUUUAUAGCUAAUUUGUGCAUCUUUGAAAUAUACAGCAAACAAUGUAUGUGCAUCAACUUCAAAUUUGCCUAAAUUGUAAUUUUGUCAGCAAAAAGUGAUAUAAUGAGCAGAAGGCUUUGUAAGUGUAACAACAAUAGAUUAUUUGCAAUAGCAGCACAAUGUAUGACUGUUUAGAAUCAAUGCAUGGGCAAUAGUGGUUUUCUUGGAUGGGGCAGUUGCUUGUGGAAGCAGAUUGUGAAAUUCUUAAGGUUAAAUUUAAGCCGAAAACCUGGAAACAUUUCAUAUACUACACACUCAAAGAUUUCCUUUGCAGUGCGCAGUCAGAUACAUUUCAGCUUUGGCACAAUAGAAGCGAUCAAAUAUGUUUUUCAUAAUUUAUCAAGAUGCCGUCAAACUCUAAAAUGACUGGUUUAAGAAGGAGUUGUAUUAAUGAUUCUUAUUUGCAUGCAAACAUGAAAUGGUUGAAGGUGAUCCUGUUUUUGGUCUGGAAAAUAAAAACAGAUUUUAGUUUUUCCCAUUGUAAUCUGUUCAAGGAUGACUGGAUUGGAUUGGAAAUCAAAAUAUUCCUGUUUUCUUCCAAUUUCUUGUCAUGUGGCCUAGCAAAUAUUCUUUUAUUACUUAAAAUGUUCUGAGAUUGCCACCUCUCUCUACUGUGCCUAUAUGUGGAUGUUACUUUUAGGCUAGUGCUGUUCUGUUUUAAUUGUUUAACGGUAAGC